ACACCAGAAAAACACGAAAACAAAACAAAAGCCAUCCCAACACUUUGCUUUAAGCCUUCCCCCUCUCUCUCUCUCUCUCAACAAAACAGCUGAAAUAUCGGCCGAAAGGUAACUCUCCAGACCCAAUAGUUCGGAGUUCGGAGCAUCCGAAAAAUAAAAAGUUCCGGGUUCCUCAUAUUUGGUCAAUAGUAAAAAGUUAAAAGGAAAGGGUAGAAUUUAGUAGAAAGUGAGAUGCCAAUGGCGGCGGGGCCAGCAUCUCCGAGGGAACGGGCUCAUGCGGUGGGGCCUGCCGUGGUACCGAUGAUGCAAGCUGUGCCGGCGGUUGCUGAUGUUUUUGCUAAGGACUCGAUCAUUUCUUGGUUCCGAGGGGAAUUCGCGGCGGCCAAUGCCAUCAUCGACGCUCUAUGCGCCCACUUGGCGCAGCUUCAUGGCAGAGCGAGCGGGGGAUCGGAGUACGAAGCAGUAUUCGCGGCGAUCCACAGGAGGAGGCUGAACUGGAUCCCGGUGUUGCAGAUGCAGAAAUACCACUCCGUUGCUGAUGUGGCAGUGGAGCUAAAAAAGGUGGCUGCCAAGAAGACCGAAGAAGGAGGACAAGAUGGAGAUCACAAGGAGGAAGUGAAAGGUAGCGGCGGAGGCGAAGGCGGUUGUUUGGAUGAUGAUAAAGAGAAAGUUGCCGAGAAAGUGAUGGAAAAUGAAGGAAAUGGGGAAGAUGGUGGCGAGGAAGAAGAAGAUUCCCCUGACAGUGAUAUCACUGAUUCAGGAUCUCAGGAAGUUCAGCAUGUUGAGGAAAACGUUGACAUUUGUUCUAACCAUGAAGAAUGUGAUGCACGCCCUUCUCAGAUCAAGUUGACCAAAGGUUUUUCAGCCAAGGAGCAUGUAAAAGGUCACAUGGUGAAUGUUGUGAAAGGAUUGAAAUUGUAUGAGGAUGUGUUCACUGAUUCAGAGCUGGCUAAGCUGGGUGACUUCGUGAGUGAACUUCGAGCUGCUGGCCAGAAUGGGGAAUUGUCAGGUGAGACUUUUAUUUUAUUCAACAAACAAAUUAAAGGAAACAAGCGAGAGCUGAUUCAGCUUGGUGUUCCAAUUUUUGGACACAUUAUAGAGGAGCCCACAAGUAACAAACAAACAAUCAAUAUAGAACCAAUUCCGGCUCUUCUGCAAGAUGUCAUAGAACACCUUGUCCAGUGGCAACUUAUACCCGAAUAUAAGAAACCAAAUGGUUGCAUCAUUAACUUCUUUGAUGAGGGUGAAUAUUCACAGCCUUUUCUUAAACCACCACAUUUGGACCAACCUAUCUCCACUCUUUUUCUCUCUGAAUCAACAAUGGCUUUUGGGCGCACUCUUGUGAGUGAUAGUGAAGGCAACUAUAGGGGUCCACUACAGCUUUCAUUGAAAGAAGGGUCUCUUUUAGUUAUGAGGGGAAACAGUGCUGACAUGGCAAGACAUGUCAUGUGCCCAUCUCCGAGAAAUAGGGUCAGCAUUACGUUUUUCCGAGUUCGGCCUGAUUCCAACCAAGGUCAGUCACCACCAGCCAGCCCCCAGGCUGGUGCCAUGGCUCUGUGGCAACCAGGUGUCCCAGGUCCAUAUGCAAUGUCAAAUGGAGCUCUUAAUGGCUAUGAGGCACUGGAUAUGAUGCCAAAAUGGGGAGUCGUCCGUGGACCUGUUGUCAUGCUAGCUCCUGUGCGCCCAAUGGUAGUGAGCCCCAGAAAACUUCCUCGUGGCGGUACAGGGGUCUUCUUGCCCUGGACUAUGGGAGGAUCAAGAAAGCCUACUAAGCACCUUCCACCCCGUGCCCAAAAAGGAAGAAUGCUUGCAUUACCUUCUCCUGUUGAACCACAUGUAGCAGAGUCUACUUCUGAACCAGGCAUCAAUACUGAAGGGAAAUCGGCAUAAGCUAAGCAUGUGGCAGCCCUGGGGGCAAGUGAUAUGAAUUGUCAAAGGCAUUGUUCAGGCACACAUCUUGCUCUGAAAGAGCAUUUACUUACUGUACAAAUGCAGCUCAAGUGCUGAAGAGUUUGUUUGUUUUUUCCCUCCAUUUUCACUCUUUUCUAUUUCUUUUUUUUUUUCUUUUCCUCAACAAGGUUAGGCUCCAGCAAUUGUCACCACACUUGUUGAAUGUCAUGGUAGGGCUUUAAAGGUAGUUGAGCUUUUAAGUUGGAGUGUGAAUUAGCACUACUGGAGGGCCGAAUUUUGUAUUAAGCUAUUACAUUAUUUAUAUUAAUCUCCUUUUACAGACA